GUUCAGUGAUCGGUAGCCGCUCGUGGCUUUGGUCCACUCGCUUAUAGUUGUCUGACUCAAAAUGAGUGACGGACUUCCUGCAUCGUGAAACGGUAGCGACGGUCCUGAGAGUAGAGGCGUCGGUGGUGAGACCCGAAGUUAGAAGCGAGGCUUCCCUCCCGCCUGGUCCAACUGCGGGAGUAAGUUAAAAAGGAGGAGGAAAAGUAUGACGACACCAUCCCCAGCUUCCUGAACCAGAACCACAGGCGAGGUAACCCGAACCACCAACACAGUCCGGAACUGAGCGAAAGCGCCCGCUACAUUUACCCCAGGUCCGGCAGAAGUUGAGCGGGCCGCCGCGAUGUCUCUGGCCGACCAGAGUCAGCAGUGGUUCCCCACUAGCGUCCAGGUAACGGUGCACCAAGCCCGGGGUCUCCGCGCCAAGGGCAAGAGCGGCACCAACGACGCUUACGCCAUCAUCCAGGUGGCCAAGGACAAGUUCUCCACCUCGGUGGCCGAGAAAAGUGUGGCCCCAGUGUGGAAGGAAGAGGCGGCCUUCGACCUGCCGCUCUUCCACCCGGGGAAUGCGGAGCGCUGCACCCUGUACAUCAUCGUCAUGCACCGGGCCCAGGUGGGACUCGACAAGUUCCUGGGACAAGCCGUCGUCAACUUACUGGAGCUCCACGACAACAAGAGCCGCAAAAAGACCGAUUGGCACAAAUUAGUGGACAAGACGGGCAAAGAGGACAAAGUGCGAGGGGAGGUUCUCCUCGAUAUCACCUUCAUGAGAAACAACAUGUCGGCCAGCAUGAUGGAUCUUUCCAUGGAGGACAAGCCGCGCUCUCGUAUCUCCAAGCUCAAAGACAAAGUCAGGGGGAAGAAGAAGGACGGCUUCUCCGACUCGGCAUCGGCAAUCGUUCCCUCUGUGAGUCAGGUCCUAACGGACAGCGAGGGGGAGUUCGACUCUGUCUCUCUGAACCAAGGUCCCGAAGGGAAGAAGAAGUCCAAGCUGAAGAAGCUGUUUGCUCCCAAGUCAAACUUGCAGAAAAAUGUUUCCCAGUCCAUGUCCACACUGGGAACCCUCCCUGAAAAGAACUCGUUUCUCAGCGGGAGCCGCUCUUCUGGGCUCAACGUUGACUCACCUGAAGGUAAGAAGAAAUUCAAAUUCCUGGGACACAAGCGAACAGGCAGCUCGGACAGCAAGGUGUCACAGGGUCCUUUCUCUCUGCUGGGUCGCUCCAAACACAGCAACAGUGAUCUCAACAACCUGUGCAUCAAUGGCAGCCACGUUUAUGACGAAGGGGAGACAAAAAGUGGCUCCACCCCCAGUCUGAACAGCUCUGGACAAGGGUCUGUGGAGGACAUCAGCAAACACGCGUCCGAGGCUUCCAACAGAGUCACAGUGCCCUCAUUCAGGCUCGAGACUGCCGAGGCACAGGCGCAACAGCGCCAUCGAGUGGAGGAGGAGGAGAAGAAGCAGGCAGAAGAGCGACGACUAGCUGAGGCCAAGCGGCAGGAGGAAGAGGAGAGGUACAGAGCUGAGGUCAAGAGACAGCAGCAGGAAGAGGAAGAGAAAAGACGGCAGGAGGAGGAGAAGAGGAAAAGUUUCCUUGAGGAAGAGGCAAAACUAAAGAGGCAGAAAGAGGAGGAAGCGAGACUGGAAGAGGAGCGGCGCAAGCAAGAGGAGCAGAAGAAACAAGAGGAGGCCUCCAUGAGCGAGAGGCUUUCAUCACUGUUUGGGAUGAUCAAGAAAAAGGAGGAGAAGAAGGAGGAAGUGCAGCAAGGCACAAAAGAGGAGUCUCCGACCCCAACCCCCGAACAACAGCCAUCCAACAACCCGUUCGAGGAGAUUCCCCUCGGUCCGGAUCCUUCACUGAGCAACGCUGAUCCUCGACAGCCAUCGAACCGGACUCAGCAGACCCCCUCAGCCAUGGUCUUCCUCAACAGAACUGCCAAAGUGUCUGCAGUCAAACCCAGAUUGACUCAAACAUCUGACUCCACUGACCCUCAAAUUUCCAGUGAGCAGUGCCCCUCCCCAGACGCCUCUGACUCCACCUUCUCUAGCGUCCCCGCCGAGUCCCCUGAAAAUUUCUCCAGCCUUCACUUGUCUCUGGCUCCGACAGAGUUGAGUGAUCGUCCACCCGGUGUCCCUCAGGACGGCGUAGAGAAUCUCUCACCCACCAUGGCUGACAUGAAGAGGCGAGCCCCGCAACCACCCUUGUAUCCUGCCAAGGAGAGCCAGGCGCCAGUCAGACAGAUCAAUAACCCGGCAUACGUGGAGCCAGGUGGCUCACAGCAAGGCAAAAAGCUUUCCAUUCUGCUUCCUGAUUAUGAAACCCUGUUUCCCCAAAAAAGACAUGGCGUCCAGGGACAAACCCGCUGGGAUCAUAUUGUUGCAGAGGUCAGUCAGAAACACAGAGACACUCCUGAAUUGCUGGGUCCAGAGAUGAGUGUGGACGGUCCUAGUGAGUUCCCGCCAACACAAAGGUCUUCGGUUUCCAUGGAUAGAAGCCCUGUGAGACAGUCGGAGCCAUCCAGGCCGACGUCCACAAAAAAGGUGGCUGCCCCCGCCCCACCUAAACCCAGGUCUGCCAUGGAUUCCGUUCAAAGACAAAGUCAGGGCGACUCACAGUAUUAUCCCACUGAAGUCCCGGAGCAAAGACCUUCUCCCGUGUCUAGCCGACGCGGCCACUCUGUGGAAAGUCUGUCUGUGGAACGGCCAAGAAGGGAGUCGGCACCGUCCAAACCAACCAGGCAGUUGGAUAACCCACCGGCUGUUAUCCAAAGAAAAACCUCAGACCUUGAAGCACCCAAAGCUCGACCCAGACAGAGGGUUAGUGGCAGAGAUCUUGUUGAACAAGAAUAUCCUGCUGCCAGACUCUCUGAUGAAAGCAUCCACAACCCUCUACACACGACUUCGUCUGUCAGUGACCUUAAACCCGAUCCGUUUCCGGCGACAGAACUCCUCUCCAAUGACCUCUUCGCCAGCAAGGGUAGUCAGAAGCCUAAAGACAAGGGGAUGAGCCCUGAUGACCUUGACAAGAUUUUCAGCCAAGAGAAGACAGCAGAUCCUUUCUCUGCUCCCAACAGCGUCAGGUCGACAAACAAAAAAAAUGCGAGGGAAACGGAAGUCUACUCCAAACAAAGCAGCUACGCCUUCAUCAGGAACAAUUCUCUGAGACAAAAGCAGAUUGCUAUGUCGGACAAGGCUUCAAAGACAGCGACGGAAGAACCUGCAGCUACCCUCCAAACAAUCGACCUCAAUGAGCCUCCGACGUCGAAAGUCGAGGAACAGAUGCCGUCACACAUCGGUGGAGAUCCCUUUAGUUCCGAUCAGAUUCCUUCUUCUGAUCUUCGACAGGAGGUUUUGGAUGAAACGGCCUCUCAGGGAGGAAUUUUGUCUGUGGGAAAGUCUCCCUUGCGAGCGUGGGUCUCCCCAUCUGAGGCCCAGCCGAUCAGUACUCAGAAUAGCGGUGGAGGUGGUGUAGGCGUGAUGUCCCGCAGGCCGCAUCCGGUCAAGCCCAUGGAAAGUCCAUACCCCAAUACUGCUCUUAAGGAGAUCAAAGUCCAGGAUGCUUCACUUUCAAAAUUCAAGAUGUCGGACUCAGUGGGGACGGGCCCGUACACUCAGCUGACUCAGGAGGAGCUGAUCACUCUGGUGGUGAAGCAGCAGGCCGACCUGUCCAGGAAGGACGCCAAGAUCACCGAGCUGGAGGAGUACAUCGACAACCUCCUGGUGCGUGUCAUCGAGGAGCAGCCCAGCAUCCUGCAGUCCCUCACCACCAAACCCGUGUGAGCCAGGUCCUGACCCGCUGGACCCGCAUCAUGGGGCAUGUGCACUUUCUAUCUUGAGGUAAAACAAGCAGAAAUAAUAAGCCACGUACAAGCAAAUGAAUGUAUUUUCACUCUCUGGUACUUAACUAUGUGAUUUUAGAGAUGUUUGUUGUCGCUGAGUUGCCGAUUUAUCAAAGACAUUUUCGCUCUAUUUAACGUCCCUUAAGUUAUUAUCAUUUUUACAGCGGGUUUUAAGACGUCGGAUGAAUGUUGUGAUUACGAAUAUUGUCAGGAGAGAGAGAGGGAGGCCUCUUCUCCAGAGUUAAACGUUUUUCUGUUGUAUUUACUAUAUGGUGUGAGUCACCAGUGUGAGCGCCUCCUGCUCAAACUAAACUCGUGUUGAUCAAACUGCAAUAAUGUGGACCGCUCUCGCUGAGCAAUAAUCAGAGCCGUCUUUCCUCGAAGCAAUAUGUAAAUAUUCUGCUCUUCGCCUGCUGAGAAAUGUAAGUGUCGGGCUGUGCCUUCUUGUAUAGUUUCUCCCUCUGCAAGUCACAUGCUCGCCCCGUGUUUUUAAAUGUCAUUCGUGACUGGAAGUACUGUGCAGUUGAUUUAAAAAAAAGAAGAGAAUGGAGAGAAAUCUUGUUAUUUUAUUCUUCUAAUAAAGACACUAAAUAUUCAAACCGUUGUUCCAGACUUCAGACCAU